AUUGUCAUGUGAUAGCAAAGAGGUGGCACAUUAAUGGAAGCGCCUCGGCGGGGGUCUUUUCUGCUCAUGUCACUACAUAAAACUAUCAGAUGGUUCGAGGAGGGCCAUGGAGGCAUCAUCCACUUAGUCCGGGACGCCCCAAUGAAGUCUUGUGAGCUCGCCUAGCGGGAGCAGCUGAGAAAAGACGUCCGAGCAAGCCGCCCCUCUCUCGGUUGAUGGGUUGGCGCACAGGCUGGGAAAACAACUCCUGCAUGAAGAAACUGGCACCAAGGAAUUAAGGGUGACUGCUUUUUUUUUUUUUUUUUUUCCCUUUUUUUUGGGGGGGUGGGGUGGGGGUGGGGGGUUGAAAAGUAUAUUGAGGAUGCCUCGUCCGGGGAGAAACACGUACAGCGACCAGAAGCCUCCGUACUCGUACAUCUCUCUGACGGCCAUGGCCAUCCAAAGCUGCCCGGAGAAGAUGCUCCCCCUUAGUGAAAUCUACAAGUUCAUCAUGGAUCGCUUCCCUUACUACAGAGAAAACACGCAGCGGUGGCAGAACUCGCUGAGGCACAACUUGUCCUUCAACGACUGCUUCAUCAAGAUCCCACGGCGCCCCGACCAGCCGGGCAAAGGCAGCUUCUGGGCGCUGCACCCCAGCUGCGGGGACAUGUUCGAGAACGGCAGCUUCCUGAGACGCCGUAAGCGCUUCAAGGUGCUCGGCGCGUCCGACCACCUGGCCCCCAGCAAGCAGUCCGACGCCGCCCACUACCUCCAGCAGCAGGCCAAGCUGAGGCUGAGCGCCCUGCAGGCGGCCACCGGGACGCACUUGCCCCAAAUGUCCACCUACAACCUGGGGGUGUCCCAGACCUCCACCUUCAAGCACCCGUUCGCCAUCGAGAACAUCAUCGCCAGAGAGUACAAGGUCCCCGGGAGCUUGGCCUUCUCCACCGUGCAGUCCAUGUCUGCCGGCUACCCGCUGCACAACCAGCUCACCGCGGCCUGGCCGCACAUGUACAACGGCGGCGUGAUGGACACGGCGGCGCCCAUCUCCAUGGCACCCGGCGACUACAGCGCCUACGGCGUGCCCAUCAAGUCCCUGUGCCACGGGCCGCAGACUCUGCCGGCCAUCCCGGUGCCCAUCAAGCCCACGCCGACCUCCAUGGCCGGCUUCUCGGCGCUCCCGCACCACCUGCCCGCCUUCCUUUCCAACUCGCCCCAGUCCCUGAGCCCGACCUCCCCGCAGACUGCCACCAGCCAAAGCAGCCCCGCCACCCCCAGCGAGACGCUCACGAGCCCGGCCGCCCUCCAGUCGGUGGCCGUGCACUGACCGAACGGACCAAACCGACCGCUGGUAUCACCAACCCAAAGUUGAUCUUUUUUCUGUGUCGUACGUCGGACUCUAUUCAAGGCGAGUUGCGUAUCGAUUCACUUGUGUAUAUGUUGAAUGUGUCGCUUUAAAUUGUCUCAUGAAAAGUCCAGCACAGAAUCUCACGGUAUUGCUCUUUCAAGAUCAUAUAAAUUAUUUGAUGCGUUCAUCGUGAAUUUGACGGUUGAAAGAGGACUUUUGUUAAGGUUCCAUACGGAGCUUUCAGUUUCAUAGACUCGCAAAACUUUUGCACACUUUUCUGUGUGGCCACUGUAACGUCAAUGACACUCGCUUUCCUCUCAUAAUCGAGUGAUGGGCGAGGGGAUACCAAAUAGGCUAGAUUUCCCUGUUUAAAAAAAAAAAACUAAACAAAACGAGUCACGAAGAGAUGAAAAUCAUUUGAAUAUUGAAAAGUCUAAAUGUGACGUGCUCAAGAAUGCAAGAUGUGAAUAUUGCAAGUAACUGAAACGGAAAUGUUGUGAAAUGCACUUUUUAGUUAUACGUUUUAGAUAUCUAUUUUACAGAAGAAGAAAAAAAAAAGUGUCCUGUGAAGCAUUUAAUUUAAAAAGUCGGUGGUGACCACGUGGAUCAGUUGCUGUAAAUUUGUUCGGGUUUUUUGUUUUGUUUUGUUUGUUUUUUUUAAAGGUGAAGCAUGCAUUUGAAACAAACAAAAAAAAUGUGUUAAUGUUCAUGUCAUUGACUUUUUUCGUUUCUUUGUUUUGCUAGCAUGCGUGCUUUUGAAAAGUGUGCAAACAGUCUGCAAUGAAUUGGGAAAAAAAAAAAGGUCAUCACAAUAUUUUCUCAUUAAAAGUCAAGUCAACAAU